UGCAUAACUGAAUCCACGUCUUAUAAUCUUAAAGAAAGAGAGAGAGAGAUGAUAAUGUUUCAAAUCAUUUACCUUUUGCCUUCUCAGUUGUUUGCUUUAUCGUGAUCUGUGCAUGCCUUGUUCAAUUAAACAUAUUUAUUCUCUUUUUUCAGCCAAAGGAAACACUGGUAUAUUUUUUAGUUUAUAGUGUAUCUUCUUUUAUAAGGUUGUCUUUUUCUUUUUUCUUUUCCUUUUUUUCCAAAGGGUUUAGUUUCAGUAGUAAACAGCAAAAUUUAGGAUCCAUGAAAUGGAGUUCCAGCUUAUGAUGCAAGACAAGGCAUUUAGCUGUAAAGUUCCACGGUUGCCCACACGCCCCCUGUGUCUGUGUGGUUCUCUCUUUUUUUAUCUGUUCAUAAGAUUUUAAAUUUUAAUCUCUGAUUAGAAUAAAUACUAUUAUGCUUUUCAUUUUAAAAUUUUGAUUUUGGUGGAUUUUUCGUGUUGUGAGGGGCAAAGCAUUUAUUAAAGACCCCAAUUCAAGAGUUGGGGUCUUUCCCUUUCUCUCUCAGUCAUGGCACCUGCCAAGCUUUCUGGGUUUUGUAAACAAGGAAAUGACUGGCUUUAUAACGCAAGGCUGCCAAGUGAUAUAACCAUUAUUGUGGAUGGUGUAAAAUUUCAUCUUCAUAAGUUUCCUCUCAUGUCGAAAUGUGGAAAGAUUGCUUGCAUGUUGGAAGAAAUGCAAAGUAUCCAUGAUAGGACUUUUACCACAAAGCUUGAAGAAUUCCCUGGUGGCUCCGACACUUUCUUGUUUGCAGCAAAAUUCUGCUAUGGAAUUCAGGUGGAAUUUACAGCUAGAAAUAUAAUAACAGUGUACUGUGCAGCGGACUACCUUGAGAUGACAGAUGAGUAUGGGGAAGAUAAUUUACUUUCUAAGGCGGAAAGUUUCUUCCACAAAAAUGUACUUCACAACUGGAAGGAUUGUGUAUUGGCUUUGCAAAGUUGCGAAUCAUGCAUGCCAAGGGCGGAAAAGCUCCACAUAUUACAGAAAUGUCUGAAUGCUGUAUCUACGAUGGUUUGUACAGAUCCGAGUUUGUUUGGUUGGCCCAUGAUGAUGUAUGGUAGCCUCCAGAGCCCCGGUGGAAGCAUUCUAUGGAAUGGAAUAAACACUGGGGCAAAAAUCCGAAGCGCAGAAUCUGACUGGUGGUUCGAAGACAUCUCUUAUUUCAGUGUAGGUUUGUUUGAAAGACUUAUCAAAACAAUGGAAGCAAGGGGUAUUAGAUCUGAAUAUCUAGCUGGUGCUGUAAUGUACUAUGCCAGAAAGUUUCUACCAGGUCUGGGCCGAUGGCAGAGUAGACCGAGUAGCAAAGCCAGGACAGUCGCGAGUUUUAGCUUGAUUCCUGCUGCUGUUGAUCAAAGGGAUUUACUGGAAAACAUCGAAAAGCUUCUCCCAAAAAAGAAGGGCAAGUCAUUCUGCCGUUUUUUACUUGGACUUCUUCGUGUUGCAUCAAUAUUAGGUGUCAAUCGGACAUGCCUGGAUUCUUUGGAGAGGAGAAUAGGAAUGCAACUCGAACUGGCUGGCCUUGAUGGUCUUUUGAUUCCUUCUUUCUCGAAUUCGGAUACUCUAUAUGAUACUGAUUGUGUUGAACGGAUCAUCCAUCAUUUUUUGUCAUCCGAAUCAGGGUUAACAUUAUUUUCCCCACCAUCACUAGACCUCUUAUCCUCACCAUCAUUUGAGCCCUUAAGAAAAGUUGCUAGAUUAAUUGAUAAUUAUCUAGCCGAAGUUGCUUCUGAUGUAAAUUUGAAACCAGGAAAGAUACGUUCCCUCGCAGAGGUCCUUCCAGACUCUUCUAGAACUUUGCACGAUGGGCUUUACAGAGCACUUGACAUCUAUUUCAAGGCACACCCUUGGCUUUCUGAUAGAGAGAAGGAAGUCCUUUGCAACAUCAUCGACUAUGGGAAACUCUCCAUCGAUGCCUGUGCCCAUGCUUCCCAAAACAAAAGAUUGCCACUCAGAGUUGUUCUCCAAGUCUUGUUCUUCGAGCAAUUGCAUUUAAGAGCAGCUUUAGCUGGUUGUCUCAAUGUCUUGGAAGCUGAAAGUGCUCCUAUGCGUCAGGGGAUUGCCCCAACGGAGAUAGCUGGUAAUGUGACUGCCACUGGUGAAACCAGCCAGCGGAUUGUUCAAAGAGAUGGAUGGGUGACAAUUGUACGUGAAAAUCAAGUUUUAAAAGUGGAUAUGGAAAGGAUGAGGUCUAGAGUUGGAGAACUUGAAGACAAAGUCAGUAAAAUAAAGCUAGAAAUGAAAAAAGUGAAAAAAUCACGUAACUCACUCAGUUCCCCCUGUAUAGUUGCUGGGAAAUUCGGAUGCAAGCCUCUUUCAAAAUCCUCAGAUUCUCAAACGGAUGUUGUUGGCAGCACAGGACCAACUCCAAGACCAUCAUUCGAGCAACCACAUUCUUCCCGUCAUUCCGGGCAUCGAAAAAGUUUAUCCUUGUUCCGAGAUUUAACACUUGGAAAACUCCAAUCACUCCGGGGAAGCCCUGUCUCGUUUCGAAGUUCAAAAUCAAACACAAAUGUCAAUUCCAAGGCCCGCUUUAUUGUUCUUUACUUUCUUUUACUCCCCCCAAUUUUUGCUUCGUUGCCGUCUUUCAACUCUAUAUCUCCGGUCUCCAUGUUGGAAAUGUCAAUUUCAUCAGCCCCAAGCUUCAACGUCUCAACUUUCUCCAAUGGCGGAGCUAACUGUACAACUACGAAUAAGGUGAUAGGGACUAGAGCUUUCGCUUGUCUUAAAUAUAUUAAUAGCAUCGAAUCUCGUUUGAAAUUAACUUCACCGGUAUUAGUUCAUACGCACGUUUUAACUUUCACGAACCGCGACCUUUCGGUUCGCUGCGUUAGGCCGGAUUCUACGGGGAACACUAUUAGUGGUUCACUGGAAGGGGAAAAAGGUAAUUUUGAUGAUGAAUCUAGGGUUGUAGAGAUUGGAAGCGGUGAUCGACAGAUAGAUGACUUCGGCGGCGGCGGAGAUAAUGGAGGCGGUGGUUCAUUCGGUGGCGGCGAUGGCGGUGAAGGUGACAGUGAAGGUGAAAGAGAGUUUGGGCCAAUAUUGAAGUUUGAGGAUGUGAUGAAGGAAGUGGAAGCUAGAGGAGUGGAGCUGCCUCCAGACAUGAUGGAAGCUGCGAAAAGGAAUGGAAUCCGGAAAUUGUUCCUUCUUCGUUACUUGGAUUUGCAGGAAUCAGUUUGGCCACUUGGCUUUUUAAUAAAAUACUGCUCUAUGCUCCGGAACCGAAUGCUAGCUGAUCCUUCAUUUCUUUUCAAAGUUGGAACCGAGAUAGUAAUUGAUUCUGGCUGCGCAACAUAUGCGGAAAUGAAGAAAAGGGGAAAGGAUUUUUGGGCAGAGUUUGAGUUGUACUUUGCCGAUCUUUUGGUCGGUAUAGUGGUUGACAUUGCUUUGGUUAGUAUGUUAGCACCAUAUGCUCGUUUUGGUCAACCAUCCGCAUCCAGAGGAUUAUUUGGUAGCUUCCAGCGUGCUGCUUCUGUUCUUCCUAGCAGUGUUUUUGAAGCUGAAAGACCAGGAUGUAAAUUCUCAGUGAAACAACGGAUUGCAACAUAUUUUUAUAAGGGUGUUUUGUAUGGCUCAGUAGGGUUCGGCUGUGGUAUUGUUGGCCAAGGCAUUGCAAAUCUGGUAAUGACUGCCAAAAGGAGCAUAAGGAAAUCAGAUGAGGACAUUCCUGUCCCACCUCUUCUAAAAAGUGCUGCUCUUUGGGGUGUUUUCCUCGCUGUAUCUUCCAACACCCGUUAUCAAAUUAUUAAUGGAUUAGAGCGUCUGGUAGAAGCAUCACCAGUGGCGAAGCAGGUUCCACCAGUUGCAAUGGCCUUCACGGUAGGUGUGCGGUUUGCCAAUAAUAUAUAUGGUGGUAUGCAAUUUGUAGAUUGGGCCAAAUGGAGUGGAGUGCAAUAGAGCAAAGCAUAUCCAUCUUUCUGCCAGAUCGGAACCCCCCACCAGCCAGUGUGGCCAUGACAAUCACAAAAAUGACACCCAGAGAUAGGAACAAAAUUAAAGAAUUAGAUACAUAGGGGUGGUUGAAUGAUUUUUUCCAUUAAGAGAAGCUUUCUUUUCUUCAUCUUCAUCAGGCUUUCUAUCAUGACAAGCCAUUUGCAUGGAUUACGAAAAUUCCGUGUUUUAGGUCAGUAUUGCUGUUCAUGUGGAGUUUUCUUUUUUUAGAAAAUUCCCCUCUUAAUACUUGGACUUAUAAAUUAUUUUAACUGGGUUUUUCUGAAUAAAUUAAAAUAUAAACUAAA